GUGUGGAAUAUCAAACAGAUGAUUAAAUUAACGCAAGAACAUAUAGAGGCACUGCUAGACAAAUUUGGAGGAGAGCAUAACCCACCAUCAAUAUAUCUAGAGGCCUAUGAGGAGUACACCAGCAAACUUGAUGCUCUGCAGCAGCGAGAACAGCAGCUGCUGGAAUCCAUGGGGAACGGAACUGAUUUCUCUGUCUCCAGUUCAGCUUCAACAGACACAGUUGCAUCAUCUUCCUCCUCUAGCCUCUCUGUAGCACCUUCAUCCCUUCUGGUUUUUCAAAACCCUGCUGAUAUGUCACGGAAUAACCCUAAGUCUCCACAGAAGCCUAUUGUUAGAGUCUUCCUGCCCAACAAGCAAAGGACUGUGGUUCCAGCAAGAUGUGGGGUGACGGUCCGAGACAGCCUAAAGAAAGCUCUGAUGAUGAGAGGUCUUAUUCCAGAAUGCUGUGCUGUUUACAGGAUACAAGAUGGAGAGAAGAAGCCAAUCGGCUGGGACACUGACAUCUCCUGGCUCACGGGAGAGGAGUUGCACGUGGAAGUCUUGGAGAAUGUGCCACUCACGACACACAAUUUUGUACGAAAAACAUUCUUCACGUUGGCGUUCUGCGACUUUUGUCGAAAGCUGCUUUUCCAGGGAUUCCGGUGCCAGACCUGUGGCUACAAAUUUCACCAGCGCUGUAGUACAGAAGUGCCACUGAUGUGUGUUAAUUAUGACCAACUUGAUUUGCUGUUUGUCUCCAAGUUCUUUGAACAUCACCCCAUACCACAGGAGGAGGCCUCCUUAGGAGAGACCACCCCAGCAUCUGGAUCGUACCCCUCAGUGCCCCCCUCAGAUUCUGUAGGACCACCAAUUCUCCCUAGUCCUUCUCCUUCAAAAUCCAUUCCAAUCCCACAGCCCCUCCGACCAGCAGAUGAAGAUCAUCGGAAUCAAUUUGGGCAACGCGACCGAUCCUCUUCAGCUCCCAAUGUUCACAUCAAUACAAUUGAGCCAGUCAAUAUUGAUGACUUGAUUAGAGACCAGGGUUUACGAGGAGAGGGAGCCCCUUUGAACCAGCUGAUGCGCUGUCUUCGGAAAUACCAAUCCCGGACUCCCAGUCCCCUCCUUCAUUCUGUCCCCAGUGAAAUAGUGUUUGAUUUUGAGCCUGGCCCAGUGUUCAGAGGUUCAACUGCAGGUUUGUCUGCAACACCUCCCGCCUCUUUGCCUGGGUCACUUACCAAUGUUAAAGCGUUACAGAAAUCACCAGGACCCCAACGGGAAAGGAAGUCAUCCUCAUCCUCAGAAGACAGAAAUAGAAUGAAAACCCUUGGUCGAAGGGAUUCAAGUGAUGAUUGGGAGAUACCAGAUGGACAGAUCACAGUUGGACAGAGGAUAGGAUCUGGAUCAUUUGGAACAGUCUACAAAGGAAAGUGGCAUG